GGGUAAAUACCACGUCUGUCUGCACAUGUUGUCUUUGUGUGCAUGCCCCUGUUCUCAGUUGCAUGUCAGCCAUCUUGGAGGUGCGCCUCGCCAUCUACAAACUGUGUAUGUCUUCGUAGUGUCUGCAUGAAGCAACACUCAUAGUUCACUUCCUGUUCCUGGCCCGGUAUCGCUGUAGGUUAUAUCAAAAUAUCCACCUCACUAUUACAUAUCAGCCACACUACCCAGCGUCAAACCUCCAACAGAGGGUCAUAACUCCAUUCAGUAUUACUGUAGGUUGUGUCUAUCCCUCUAUCUGUAUAUCACUGAUAUCACCAUACGAUAUAUGCAAUAUUGAUAUUGUGUGACCAUAUAUCGAUACGGCAUCCUUGACAAAGUAAGCUCUAUAUAUCCAUAUAACUUUCAGUUCCAGAUCUCUGUUAAAUAUGGACAUUGCUGUAGGAAGUAUACAGAUCGUAAAAAUACUAUUAUAUCCCUUUUUCUCAUCAUAUACAGCUGUAGAAUGUCCCUCCUGCUAAUAACCACAUCGUGAAGUAGAAACAGUGCUGGAAAGUAUCCAUUUGUUUACAGCAUAUAUAUACUGAUAAACAGUGGAUUCAUGAUCACAGGCUAGUUUAGAAUCAUUUUGGAGAAUACUGAUAAUGUUUUCAUUGAACAAAGACCAUGUCCAAACUGAUUUAUGUAGUAUUUAACAUCUAUAGCAGUUGUCCCUGUAUGUUUGUGGUCAGUGAUGGGAGCAGGUUGCUCUAGGACGUCAGGCUCCAUGAUAAAAUCACCAUCACAGCCAUAGUUGGCAGCUUACAUUAUAGAUUGUACAAAUAAUGUGACCAGCAAUACCUGAUGAUAUUUGCCAAAUGAUAUAUAAUAUAAACGUAUACAGUUUUUUUGAGAAAAAUCUUUGCUGAGUAGUUUUAUAUCUCUGUUUACGUGAUUUUCCCCUUCCCAACUGUAGCCUCCAUUCCUGCUGGUGUGUACAUCUCGUAUCUUCAUCUGCACUUCUCAUGGUGUAAACACACUAAUCACUGCUAGGUCGUACAAUGGGGUAUGCCCUGUAUAGGUUGUAGGAUAUGUCUGUCUGUAAUCAGCAUGAUCUGGGUAACAUAGUAGGUACAACGGCUUGUUACUAACAUGGGAUGAAGUUGAUGAAGUUUACAGAUAGGCUGUUUGAUGUGUGAUGUGAAUCAUUGUAUCCUAGGCCAGCUCCUGCAGCUGCUAGUAAAUGCAUCAACACAUACUAUAAGCAUGCCAUUACAUCUAGACCAUUGGUGCCAGUACAGGAAGACCAUUGGUGCCAUUACCUUUAGACCAUUAGUGCCAGCUCAUCCAGGCCAUUGGUGCCAGUGCGUCAAGAAGAUUUGGUGCCAGUACAUCUAGACUAGUGGUGCCAGUACAUCUAGACCAUUGGUGCCAGUACAUCUAGACCAUUGGUGCCAGUACAUCUAGACCAUUGGUGCCAGUACAUCUAGACCAUUGGUGCCAGUACACUUUGUGUUGAGUAUAUAAACCAUAGAGGACAUGUUGUAUAAAUCUUAUACCAGCAUGGGGCGAUGACUCAGCAUGACUGGUGUCUGUGGGGUGGUACAGUAGUAACUCAUAUAUAGCACUGAUAGUCAAUACUUACUCAAGGCUGGGCUAACUCAGAUAAUGUUGGUGUUCUUGCAUGGUAGAACUGGAUUCCAUUUUAUCAGUACAAAUGUUUUUAUAGUGGAAGUAAAGUAACGAAAGUUAAUCUGUGAACAGACAAGAAGUCCAUACAGCAUAUCAAGAGCAAUCGUGUAUGAUGAUAAUACCAUUUCCCAAGAAAUGACACUUGCUGCCAACAAGCUUCUUUUUUCCUAUGUUCCGACUAUGCACUGUCUGCCCUGCUAUGGUGGUCACCUCAAUGUUGACGUGUUGUGUGUGUGUUGCUCCUCUAGGGCAGAAGGGGACAUCGAGGGGAGAAGGGCAUGCUGGGAAGGUUUGGCUUCCCCGGCCCCCAGGGGCCACCGGGUGACCAGGGCCCCCAGGGUGAGAAGGGUUCAUUUGGGCUCCCAGGGCAACAGGGAGUAAAAGGACAUGCGGGGAUGCCAGGGCGGAACGGAAUCGAUGGAGGAAAGGGAGUCGUUGGCCCACCUGGAGAGCCAGGACUGAAGGGAGAGCCUGGUGAGAAGGGACCUAGCGGUUUACCUGGGAUGAUUGGACCCCCCGGCCUACCUGGCCCACCUGCCAUGCCACCACCAAGGACACGGGGAGAACCAGGAAUGGUUGAAGGCGUUGUUGGCAGUGGUGAAGGGCUUCCUGGACCCCCAGGACCCCCCGGACCAAUGGGACCCAUGGGACUGCAGGGGCCUCCAGGUAUUAAGGGUGAUAUUGGACCACUGGGACCAAAAGGCGAAGCAGGACAGCAAGGACAGAAAGGCGAUGCAGGUUCUAUUGGACUUCCUGGGGCCGAGGGGCCGGCAGGGUCGCCGGGCGAGUCAGGGAAACCAGGCAUUGUGGGCAAACCUGGCCCAAAAGUGAGUCGUCCUUGUGGUUUCCGCAUGCGUCGAUGUGUAGCUAGUGGUUGAUGCUGCAUGUAAGCCUUACUUUUGCCACACACCUUCACAGCUUCCCAGCAUUCCUCAUUUCAUCAUUUGUCGCAUUACAUCUUAGCAAUAGGCGGGAACAUUCAACAGAAAUAUCUACUACUGUUGUUGCUAUUCCAUAUUGUUUAUAAACUGGGGUGUUAUGAAAACUAUAAUAUCCGUAUUCAAUAGUGUGUUAAUGAUGAGUUUAAAUACCACGAUGUCAUUAUAAUUCUACUUUCAUAUAACAUGGUGUUUACAUAACUGUAUCAUAAAUCUUCAUGUCAGUUAGAAUGGAAAAGGAAAUUCUUUAAGAACAUAUUGAUGACAUUCCUUGGUUUUUAAAGAGAGUUCGGUGAGGGGCUAAAAUUUCCACUCCUUCGACUUGCUAAACUUUCCAUUUACUAAGAAAGAUGUCUUGGCAUGUGAAAACAUUUGAUGAAGGCAUGGCUGCAAACUUGAAUGUUGAUGGCAGUCAGGCGUUCAGUAGAGUUAUCUCCCCUGCAUUGCAAUAGCUUCUUAUUCCACAGACAUCAACUCGAGUAUCAGUCUUCUUUUGUUUUAUUUCUAUUUCUUCAUUAAUUGUGUUUUACAAUGAUAUUGUCGCUCUGGGUUUGGCCUGGGAGAUAUAUGCAGCGUAAGCCAGCGUAAGUGAACUGCGCAGGCGUAGAUGCCUAGUCACCUCAGAUCAAACUGCCUCGACUUCGGUUAAACCCAUCGUGGAUGUUAGUCUGCUGUUUAGUUCUUUCUUUUCUGUUAAUGCUUGGUUUCUAGAUACUCUGUAAUUGUCAGUAUAUAUCGGUGUUCGAUACAUAUGUGUGGUUGACGGAAACUGUAGCCAUCGAUUAUAGUCAUUCAUACAGUACCACAACGAGAACUCCUUCACUGGGUAUGGCGAACAUUUUCUUUUCCUCUGACAAUGAAAGAGCAUAUUUCACACCAAAGAAGUCAUUUUCAUCACCCAACAGCAUGUAAGGUAGAGAGGGAUUAUGAUACAGAUAGGAGGGGGGGUAUUGUCUAGUGCAUGCAUGGAGUUGCCUCCCUUACACCACAAAAGACGGAGGUGGGUUCCUAGUGAGAGACGACAGCCGCUGGACCAGCUGGACAUACAGGAUUUCAUCUCGUGCUAAUUUUUACAUCCAUUUUCUUCUCUUGACUCAAAUAAAGUUUCUUUCACUUCUUCAAAGAAAUAAGAUUUAGUUUUAUAAAAAUAUGUGAUUAAAGUUACUAAUUUGAAAUAUAUACAACAUUGCUUCAUUUCUUCUGUUUCCUUAUACUGCAAUGAUAAAGUAUUGAUGCUAGUUUUGUGUUAAUGAGAUUUGCUUGCAUGUAUGCCCCCCUGGCUGUAUCCAUGUGUUAAUCUGAGAUCCUCAUGUGUCCUGUUUC